GAGAUCUUCCUUCCAUCUGCGAUUCGUGCUUGUAAACUGGGGAAGCGCUUAAAGCUCCGAUGAACAUCAAGGUAUGAAUUAGGUGGGAGGUUGGAUAUAUAAGUUUUGAAAUACACCCCAAGAGCAUCAGACGUUCAUCACAACCUAACAACACUUCUUAAUACCUUUUGCAAUAUUUCAUAAUGGCAGCCAAAUUCAUCUUCGUCCUUGCUUUCUUUUUACUCUCAUUGACAAACGCUGUCCCAAUUCACACACCUCAACUUGAUACAUCAUCUUCAACAGAUGUUAAUGCAACUUUUCCCGAAUCCGACAAUUAUCCUGAAAACAGCUACGACGGAUAUUUGGCCACAGCUGGAAAUUACGAAGAGCCAGGAUUCAUGAUCACUUUCAUACCGAAAACUAAGAUGGCAACUAACUUGGCUGCUGGGAUUAUUUCGAAAAUCGCUGUGUACACUUUGGGCGCAUUUACUUCUUUGUCUACUCUUGCCAUCGGCUUCAGCAUCCUCUGCACUUUCACUUCAGUCUGCUUCAAUUACCAAAUGUGGGUAGCUGGAAUGGGCGAAAACGAUGGAAUGAGAUCCUUAAUCAAGUCUGAUACUUUGAACGCCGCUGAAGAUACCGUCAGCGAAGCUAUUGAUAAAUUCAAGAAGAUCCAAAGAGCUUUGAAUUCUAAUUAUUAAA